CCUCGUUCGUCUUCCUCCGCUCGAUGCUGCAACGACUGCAGGCGGCGCUCGACAGAAAACAACACGGCGGCGACCGGAUCUCGCCGGAAAAUUGAGGGGUGAGGGUUCGGAGUUUGGUAGGACCUCCCUACCGCCCCUUUUAGUGGGUCCGCCGCUGCUCCAACCUCCAGGUCCAGGCACUAGGUCGCUCCUCCCUUCUCUUCCCCACGGCACCUUGUCCAUCGUAGAUAGCCUCCACUUCACCGAGGUCGCCACUUCCACGUAUCCUUCUCGCCUAGUUGCCGCAGUCCUUCUACCCUGCUUGGCCCGAGGGGAAUGGGGAUCCAUCCUGACCUGAGUGGAUUCUUCUUUUUUUGGUAGUCGCGCAGAUUUGGUAGCCGUGUGACGUCGUUGUGCUUGAGUCCAUUCAGACAUUGUUCUUAUUUGAUCAGCACUCCUUAUUUAGUGCACGCAAGUUCGAGAUCGACUUGACUCUAUAAGACGUAUUGGGGUGUCUUUUACUCCAACGUCAGACUGGGAGUGAAUCCGCAUGCCCCAAGACCGCCCUUCCACUGAACUGAACUAGACAUCCUCAAGCAUCAUCAAUUCUAAUGGAUGAUGCAGCAGGAAAUAUUCUUGCAUCACUUGGCCGCGUGCAUCUAGUUGAUCUCAUGGCCUCUGAGGGCCUGCCUUCUGACAGCUAUAAGAUGUGUGUAUCAACAAUGAUGCAGUCACUGGCUCAGUAUUCGGCAGUCAUCAUUCAGCUGUCACCAGCUGAUGGUGCCUUGUUGAGGUCAGGUUUGGACUCGGCUCGCUUUUUCUUCCACCAGCGAGGGUAUAAUUCGAACGAGGCUGUCCACUCAGAUGAUUCCCGUGAAUGGUGUAAGACCUCUGGUUACUAUGUUGAUCAUCAGAUGUGUCUGGAAAUGUAUGAUUACAGGCCUGGUAUUACUGCAACAGAUCCCAACGGUGAAAUGGAAUUGCCUCCGUCAGGUUUGCCUGACAUAUUUUCGGUGCUGGGUAAAGUUUCUCGAGACAUCUUGGAUGCAAUCAGUUUCUCAUUGAAUUUGCGUAGCUGUGCAUUCUCUGAGAUACUUGACAACAUACCCUUGAGAAGCCAGGAAGUAUCAUCUUCUGUUCUUUCAGCAUGUUGUCAUUCAAGGCCAUCAUUUGAGGGAGCACAUCAGCACAACAUUGCUUCUCAAGAUAAUGGUCACUUGCUCAUGUUUUCUGAGCAGGAGCAACAGAUUGAUAAGACUUUGCUUACCCUAGUUAAGCCAGAUAGGUCAGGCCUAUAUGUUAAAGACUUACAUGGACGCUGGAUUCUUGUUGAUGGGGAUAUUGGUCCACACGAUGUUGUUGUCUAUCCUGGCCUUGCGCUUUAUCAGGAAACCGCUGGCUAUGUAAAUCCAGCUGUACAUAAAACAGAGGCUGACAACAUUCAUGGAUGUAUGUUUGGACGAUGUUCUUUGAUGUUCAAGCUCAUGCCUAGAUCAGUUGCAAGACUGAGUGGUUCAGAGAUGAGAGCUGCUGGCCAUGGCGUUGAUGCUCAGUUUCAGGUCCCUAUACCAGUCAAUGAUUUCAUGCAGACAGAUCAUUUUUCUGAUCAACUGUUUCCUAAGACUGAACCAUCAAUACACACAGAACAAGAUUCGGCAUCAUUCAACUCUGUGAUGAAUAAAAAGAAGGGAAAUGCAAGAACAAAGCCACUCCCUCCUUCUAAAAGACUUCGACUAGAAGCACAGAGGGUCCUGAAGGAGCGUGUUCAGGACAUUGCAGAUAAGAAAGGCAUCAAGCUGAGAUUUUGCAAUCUCAAAGAAUGUGAAAGCCACAUCCAGUCGUUGGAUAGUCCAUGUGAGAACACUAGAACUGAAAUUGGAUGGCCACAAGGGGUUCCAUUUGUCCAUCCACAUGACCUCCCAAACAAGGCAAAACUUGGUUUUUUGGAAGCUUACGAACCUGGAUGGACAGCCUCCCAACAUGAAAUGGAGUUAAGUUUUACUGAAUCAUCAUGAGUGCAUUCUCAUUUUAACAUUAUAAUUGGUAAAGGUACGAUACAAUAGUGCUACUUAGGUUUCAAAAUUGUUUUUUAUGGUACAACAUACAAUCAGGAGAUUUACUUUUCAAGUUUCAUCUCUAACCUACCCAAUCUUGCUUGGGUUUUCCCUAAAAGAGGAUUUGUUAUUUCUGUUUAACGUAGGUUGGACAACCACUUAAGACAUUGGGAAUUAGAGAUAUUUAUUUUCUCUGUUCCAUCAGUCCACUUGCAUUGUGAAUCUCACCCUGAUCACUCCAACCUGUUUCCAGACCAAAUUGUUCUACCAUUCCAUUGCACCCUGGCAAAGUCUGAAAUUUGUACUGAUUCAGCCUUGUGCUCUGUCCUGGAGUAUCAGUCACUCCAAAAAAAAAUUGCACUUGGAUGGCACCUACCUAGCCUUCCAAAUGACAUUCUUAUAAAAGUGUAGUGACCCAAGAUUGUCCAAUUCAGAGUGAUUUUGUUCUUCGUUGGCCCUGAGCUUUCCCUUGAGUUCGAUUUUCUAUCAGCAGCCGUUUUAAAGUCACUCUCGUGGCUGUGUUUCAUGUGGAAUGACAUAAAGGUUUGCCACGAUUUCUUAAGCAAUCAAGCCAUCGAGACUCGAGAGGUCCGGUUGCACUGCUGUGAUAUUGUUGAGUCUAUAUUUCUCUUUUUAUAUAUGCAGAAUUCGUUGGGCUUUUACAAGUUACUAACAUAGCCUACUUGAACUUUCUUCUCCAGGAGCCAGCCUCAGUAAAUUUUGAUGUAUUACCAACCUUGGAUAUGUUUUGAAUUUCAGGGUUGGUCAACAAUUCAUUCCUUUACAUGUUGCAGAAGUAGCAAUGUAUACUGACACCAAAAUAAUGUGGAUACAUACAUGUAGUACUAAGAACGUGUAAAUGCAACUACCUGCUGUUUAGAUUGAAAACGGUGCCUAUUAAUUUCUAUAA